UCCGGUGGCCCAGUGUUUCGGGCUGAGGGCGGCUUUGUCAACAUGGCGGGCAGUCUGAAUGUCUUGCGGGGAACUGUGUGUGCUGCCGUCGCUCGCCGUGGGUUCGCGACCCGAGGGGUGGUAGGCCCGGGCUCAAUCGGCCGCGAGCCGGAUGCCGAUUUCGACUGGGAGCCGGAGGAGCGGGAGCUGCAGGAGGUGGAGAGCACCCUGAAACGACAGAAAAAUGCCAUUCGGUUCCAGAAAAUUCGGAGGCAAAUGGAGGCGCCAGGUGCCCCGCCCAGGACCCUCACGUGGGAAGCUAUGGAACAGAUCCGGUAUUUACAUAAGGAAUUUGCAGAGUCCUGGUCAGUUCCCAGAUUGGCUGAAGGCUUCGAUGUCAGCACCGAUGUGAUCAGAAGGGUUUUAAAAAGCAAGUUUGUACCCACAUUGGAGCAGAAACUGAAGCAGGAUCAGAAAGUCCUUAAGAAAGCUGGGCUUCCAGGCUCUGGGGAUAACUGGAAGGUUCUUUCUACAGGCCACUCCGUGUCAGGCUCUUUGCUGAUCCCAAGGGGUAAAACAUCAUCCCAAGGCCAGGGUCACAGCACAACUUUGAAGAUGAUAGAAUCGAAUAGUCACAGUACAAACACACCGAAAAGACAGAAGGGAAGGAAUAAAGGAAUCCAGAGCCUGGAGAAGGAGAGCUUUGUGCCUGUCACUGCAGCCCUAGGUCAUCAGAGAGCGCCGCAGAAGUACUCCACCAAUAAUUAUGAGGCCACCAGGGGAACUGACAGUGAUGGGUUGUCCACUGAGAAGAAGCUGGAAGAGCUGAAGGCAGGGGAACCGGGUGACCAGAACUUCAGCAGCAAAGUAGUGCAGAGGGGGCGAGAGUUCUUUGAUGACAACGGGAAUUUCUUGUACAGAAUUUGAACUGGAGCCUGGCUUGUCGAGAUGCCACGGGAAACACAGCUGGGCGAGUAUAUUUGAACUGCCUGGAUUUCUGUGUAUGGAUUAUCCCCCUGGAAUAGGAAGAUGUGAUGAGCCUGCAUGUGGGAGGAAAGAGCUGCUUGGAUUGGAAUCUGACAAGGGGCGGUGAACUUCCAUAAGGCAGAUGUGUAUGGAUGGGGGCUGCUGGCUGGGUGGAGUCCAGCUUCCUGGAGCUGUGGUCCUGGUCUGACCCACAUGGAUCUUCAGUACUCAGCCUUCCUGCUUAGACUCUGCGUUGAAACCAGCCUGUAUUGCGUGUGUUAUUAAGAGUUUCUGUGAUGCUUGCGGUAUAUGUUUGGGAGGAAAUGAAAAGUUUGCCUUCUGUCCUCAUUUACUUCUUGAUUAAUGAACACUAACAAUUACGGAACUGCUUAGUCAAUGAGUUGUUUUCAUUAUGUGCCAAAUAAAGUGAAAUGUAGCAGUC